CCAGCAUGCUGCCCCCACUGUCCACCCUCCCACCAGUGACGUCCUUCACCGCUGGCCUCCCGUUGCGGCCACCGUGGGUAGGGACUCCUUCCGUUUCAGAACUACAUUCCCCGAGGGCAGAUGCUCUCCUCUCAUCUUCAUCUUCUUCAUUGGCUCCCGACUCACCUCAUUCCAUCCUCUUUUCUAAGGCAGCGGAGCCACCCACCAAAGUGCCUUUAUUCCCCCACACAGCUCCAACUGACUCCUCCUCAAGUCAGAGCCUAGCGAAUCCCCUAAAUCCAUUUGCUGAGGAAAUGAACCGUGCUCCAUCCAGAAAUGCCCAGGAUUUCAUAGGCAUCCCUCGUCUAGGUUUUUCUGGAUCCUCAAGCCCAGCAGAGGGUCCUCACUCAGCGGGCUCCCCCUCACAUGAAUUUUUGAGCUCCGUGGCAGACCUGGCCCCUUUGUCUCCCCUUCCCCCAGCCUCUGGAAGUCUUCAGCUUCCUGGUGGAAGGCCCUCAUCGUUGAUGUUGAAAGUGGUUCCAAGUCUUGCAUCCACCCAGCCGAUUGAAGCUGAGGUGGCUCAAAGAGCACAUAAUGGGGUGUCUCUGCCAUCCUUGAAGAGUGCAGCAACCCCUGAAGCUGCGUCCUCGCUGGUCCAGACGGUAGAGUUAGUGGCAGUGGGAAUGACCAGCCUGGAGGCAGCCCGUGCUCCUGCAAAGAACUCUGCUUAUCCACUGCGUGUGUCAGCAACCCCAGAGAAUUCCAAAGGGCCCACCCUUUCGGCAGAACCCAAAUCUUCCCCUUUGGUGCCCUCUCCUCUGCCUCUCACCACAGCUGACCAAGGACAAGAAGGCCCUUCUGGGCCAGUUCCCACAUCCCCAUCAAAUGACACAACAGCUGACAUCCCCCCCACGCCUGCCCCCCUCCAGCUGGCACGGAGUCAGGCCUCUCCAUCCACCAUGCCCCAAGUGCCAACUCCUCAAGAAGCAGGUAGUGAUGGGUCCCCUCCCACUGCAGCUACAGACCUCCUCCUCUCAAGCACAUUUCCUCAUCAUCCUUCCACGACAUGGACAUUUCCCCUGCAGAAGGAAAAUAGCAUGGCAGCUGUUUUAAAGAAAAAUGAAAAGGCAAAUUUGACAGUUGCUCUCGAGACCCUUCCGAGUAAAGAGAGUCCAAGUCUUCACAGUGUAGGUGUAUUCACCUCUAAUUUCAGCACUGAUCAUGUCUCUACAGACAUGACACCACCAGGAACCAGCCUCCUUCCUUCUGAGUUACCUCCAUCUUCCAUCCCCUUCACACGAGCUACCCAGACUGCGUCCCCAUCUCAUAGUUUUUCCAGCGCCAAGCCAGUGACUUACACAGCUGUGACAGACCAUUCUGAGUUGCCAGUUUGGGCUUCUAAACAGGUGACAGCUUUUCCUUCCUCCAGUGAGGUCUAUGAUUUCUCAAAAAUGGGAGGCAUGAAGAAGCCAGCAACCACAGAUGUUUUCUGGAGUUCUGUUGCAGCGGAAGCUGAGUCCCUUUCCACAGAACCCAUGAUGUCUGGUUGGCUGCAGCAAACAAAUGAUCACGUAAAUGGGCACACAAUUAACUCCACAAGUUGGGAAGCUCACUCGGCUGCAGCCACUUCUCCUGGUGGUUUAAAUUCCACUGCCAAUACAAUAAAAUCUCAGGAUUUCAAAGAUAAUGUUGGGCAUUCAGCAACUGUGGAAGAUUUUAGCAUCCAGGAUCCAGGGUCUGGUAUGAGCACCAACCAGCCCAUCCAACAGUCAGAUGUUACCAUGGCUGGAAACCGUACAGACUUCUUGUCCAUAAACACUAGCAACUAUCCCAGAGACUUCCAAACAGCUGAGAUUGGAGAUUACCCAUCUAUAAGCCAACAAUCUGUGUCUCAUCCCCAUCUACAGUCACCUGCCCAUCCAGCACAUCCACUUGUGCCGAGCUCUCCAAGUCUGACUUCCACAGCUCGCUUGCCAGAAAUGCUUUCAGAUGGAAUGGAUACAAGUUUUCAAAUCACUGAUGACAUCUAUCCAUAUCCAGUGAUAAAUGCUUCCCCACCAUUCCAGGGUAUCCUGAGAUUUCACCCUACUGCUGAAUCACCUCCUCUGUCAACCAGUGCCUUACUCAGGACCCCGUCCAAAACACUGCGGGCUUCUCAGCACCCUGAGAAAUGGACAGUGGAUUCCUCAGUGUUGCCCAAGGCAGAACCGACAGCAGCAGCAGCAGCAGCAGCAACCACGUUGUUUCUUCGUAAAUCAAGUCCCCUGAUGCUGUCUGCAGCCCUGGUUGCUAAGGGCACCGGCAGCAACCCUUCAGCCAUGGCCUCGGGAUUAGCCAAGAGCAGCUGGACCACCGCUCUAGCUAAAAACAUCACAAGCAGUGCCGCAUCUGGCCCCAAAGCGACACCAGGAGUGGCUCAUCCAGCCUUCUCCUUCACGCCAACCUAUAUGUUUGCAAGAACAGCACACACCGUGAGCGCUCACUCAGCCAUGCAAGGGAACACGGGCGCUGCCUCUGGCCUGUUAUCCACAACACACCUCCCCAGGAAACCACAAGCCAUGCACACGGGCUUCCCGAACCCCACCAACCCAGACCUGCCCAGGGUGUCCACCACUCGCCCGCUGACCAUCACAGCAGCCUUGACGUCCAUCACCGCACCAGUGAGGGCCACCCGGAUGCCGCCUUCAUCAGCAGAAAACACAGAUGCCGCUUUUCCCGCUGUGUCCACUGCUGUGGUCACACCUGGCAAGACAGCGUCCAACCUGGAGUGUCAGAUGUCCAGUAAGCUUCUGGUGAAGACAGUUCUCUUUCUGACCCAAAGGAGGAUGCAGAGCAGUGAAACCUUGAAGCUCAAUAUAGUCAAAGGGCUCACACAGGCCUUGCGGAAGGCGUUCCACCAGAAUGACGUCUUGGCUCAUGUGGACCUUCUGGAACACUCUCACAACAUCACCGUUGGUUAUUACGCCACCAAAGGGAGGCUGGUCUACUUGCCUUCUGCAGUGGUCGAAACGCUGGGUGUUUACGGGAUCAGCAACGUCACUGCAGAUGUGAAGCAGCAUGCCCCAAACUUGCAGUCUGUGGCUGUGCUUGCCUCCCCGUGGACCCCCCAGCCUGCAGGCCACUUGCAGCUGAAAACAGUGCUACAGUUUGUGAGCCAGUCCGACAACAUACAGUCCUGCAGAUUUGCUCAGACCAUGGAACAGAGGCUUCAGAGGGCCUUCCAGGAUGCCGAGAGGAAAGUUCUGAAUACUAAAAGCAACCUGACAGUUCAGAUGGUGAGCACGUCCAACGCCUCCCAGACAGUCACCUUGGUGUACGUGGUGGCCAACCGAAGCUCCUUCCUCAACGGCACCGUGGCCAGCAGCCUCCUCCGCCAGCUCUCCGCUGAACUGGUGGGGUUCUACCUCACCUACCCACCGCUCACCAUCGCCGAACCGCUGGAAUACCCCAACCUCGAUAUAUCAGAAACAACGAGAGACUAUUGGGUAAUUACAGUGCUGCAGGGCGUGGACAAUUCCCUGGUGGGCCUGCACAACCAGAGCUUCGCCCGGGUCAUGGAGCAGCGCCUGGCCCAGCUGUUCAUGAUGUCCCAGCAGCAAGGCCGGCGGUUUAAACGGGCCACCACUCUGGGAAGCUACACCGUGCAGAUGGUAAAGAUGCAGCGGGUGCCAGGACCCAAGGAUCCCGCAGAGCUGACUUACUACACCCUGUACAACGGGAAACCUCUGCUGGGGACUGCAGCUGCCAAGAUCCUGAGCACCAUUGACUCCCAAAGGAUGGCCUUGACUCUGCAUCAUGUUGUUCUUCUGCAAGCUGACCCCGUGGUGAAGAACCCACCCAACAACCUGUGGAUCAUCGCUGCAGUGCUGGCGCCCAUCGCCGUGGUCACCGUCAUCAUCAUCAUCAUCACUGCCGUGCUCUGCCGCAAGAACAAGAAUGACUUCAAGCCAGACACCGUGAUGAACCUGCCUCAGCGAGCAAAGCCUGUGCAGGGCUUUGAUUAUGCCAAGCAGCACCUGGGCCAGCAAGGGGCGGAUGAGGAGGUCAUCCCGGUGACUCAGGAAACAGUGGUCCUCCCACUGCCCGUUAGAGAUGCUCCUGCCUCUCAGGAAAGGGAUGCCCCUCAGGAUGGAAGCACCAUCAAGACGGCCAAAUCCAUCGAAACCAGAAAGAGCAGGUCGCCCAGUGAGAAUGGCUCUGUCAUCAGCAACGAAUCAGGGAAGCCCAGCUCGGGGAGGCGCUCACCCCAGAAUGUAAUGGCACAGCAGAAAGUGACAAAGGAGGAGACUCGGAAGAGAAAUGUGCCGGCGAGUGAUGAAGAGGAAGGAGUGGUCCUUUUUGACAACUCUGGCAAGGCGGCUGUGGAUCCCUUUGACACGUCUUCUGGGUCUGUGCAACUCAUCGGAAUAAAACCCACAGCCCUCCCUGUGGCGCACCCCACCUCGGACAGGAGCCAGGAGCCGGCCGUCCUCAACGGCGAGGUGAACAAAGCCCUGAAGCAGAAGUCAGACAUUGAACACUAUCGGAACAAGCUGCGCCUCAAAGCCAAGAGGAAGGGUUACUACGACUUCCCCCCAGUGGAGGCUAGCAAGGCUCAGACGGAAAGGAAAAAGAUGUAUGAAAAAGCACCAAAGGAAAUUGAGCACGUCUUGGAUCCAGACCCAGAACUGUGUGCCCCGUUCACCGAGGCUAAAAACAGGCAACAGAUGAAGAACUCUGUCUACCGGAGCCGGCAAUCUCUGAACAGCCCGAGUCCAGGGGAAACAGAGAUGGACCUUCUGGUAACUCGGGAGCGACCCCGGCGUGGGAUCCGGAACAGUGGAUACGAUACAGAGCCUGAGAUCAUAGAGGAAACCAACAUCGACAGAGUGAAUGAGCCCCGGGGCUACGGCCGGUCGAGGCAGGUGAAAGGCCACUCGGAGACCUCCACUCUGAGCUCGCAGCCCUCCAUCGACGAGGUCCGGCAGCAGAUGCACAUGCUGCUAGAGGAGGCCUUCAGCCUGGCGUCGGCGGGCCACGCGGGCCAGGGCCGGCACCCGGAGGCCUAUGGCUCCGCCCAGCACCUGCCCUACUCCGAGGUGGUGACCAGCGCUCCGGGGACCAUGACACGGCCCAGGGCUGGGGUGCAGUGGGUGCCGACCUACCGCCCAGAAAUGUACCAGUACAGUCUGCCCCGGCCGGCCUACAGGUUUUCCCAGCUUCCUGAAAUGGUCAUGGGCUCUCCCCCUCCACCUGUGCCUCCGCGGACGGGCCCUGUGGCUGUCGCUUCUCUCAGGCGGUCCACUUCGGACGUUGGCAGCAAGACCAGGAUGGCCGAGUCCGCGGGGCCCGAGGCCGCCCAGCUGCACGACAGCGCCUCCUUCGCGCAGGUGUCCCGAGGCCCCGUGUCCGUGGCGCAGCUGGAUCAGUCGGCUUUAAAUUACUCAGGUGGGCUAGAGGAGAGAAGCCUGGAAGAAGCCGGCGCCCUGCCCCAGCAUCACCCCCUCCACCUCUGUAUUUGCCUUCCGUGCUCUCCACCUUCGCCCAUUCCUGAUACCUGGCCCUGUCUUCUCUCCCGACAUGCUCUGCAGGUCCCCCUCCCGGGGUACAUCGAGGCUUACCCCCGAUCCCGGUAUCAGCAGAACUCGCCCUCCAGGCUCCCUCGUCAGUACAGCCAGCCAGCUGGGCUGCACCCCAGCUUGGAGCAGGCCCCGGUGCCCUCCACAGCAGCCUCACAGCAGAGCCUGGCGGACAACGACCCAUCCGACACCCCCCUCACCAACAUUUCCACGGCAGCCCUGGUGAAGGCCAUCCGGGAAGAGGUGGCCAAGCUUGCCAAGAAACAGACAGACAUGUUCGAGUUCCAGGUCUAAUGCCUUCACCCCUUGAGACUUCCAGACUCUGAGGAAGCAGGCUUUGGGUUUCUCCAGGCAUGGUGGGACUGGAGACAGGAGACGAUGUGGGAGUCUUUCUCACCCUCAGUUUCUAAAAAGGUGAACAGAGGGGCUUCUGGGGAGCAGGAAACUCUUGAACAACGGGAUGCUUGGCCUAUUCAACUGAUUGUAUGUCAACAAGUCCGCAUGUGGGACCAUAUGUUUGAUACUCUGUUACGUUAACUGUUUGAGCUGUGGGUGUAUUCCCUCUCCUAUGGAGCGUUAGUCUCGAGAGAGGAGACGCUUGCUAAUCUGCAGAUUCCUGUCCAAUACCACAUUUUAACAGGUCAUCAGAAGGGGGAGAGCACAGCUCUAUCUUCAGUGACCUCUGCAUGUUAACUCUGUUUCUGUGUUAAAGGCAAUGCAGGCGUGUGAUGAAGCCCCAGACUGUUCUCUCAUUCGGCCAGAACUAUAAUUAUCCAGUCACCUCCAGUCUCCAAGGGAGACACCGACUCCAGCCAAGAAACUUGAGUCCUUUUCUUUUAAAGGUUCAUAUUCAAAGUCAAAUAAAUUGGAUGAAAAUCAGGACUGUCAAUGGCUGCACCUAAACAUAAUCCUGACUCUUUCCCCCACCCCUAAUUAAUUCAACAAAGGCCAAGAAAGAGAGAAGAUAAGAGGGAAUGGUGGAUUCGUGUUGACAGGUUCUUUGAAAAGGUGUUGUCAUGUUGGAAAUAGAGUAUUCUGCAAGUUGGGCUCUAGCUCGAAGAGCAUCGGUGCUAAGAGCUUUUAGGAUCCUACAAAAGAAAAACAGCUUUUUUUUGCCCUGCAGUGAAGGUAGCCUGAGAACAGAGCUUCUCUCUUUUGGGGGGGACAAUAGAUACAUCGACUUUUACAAGGAAAUCUCUGUCUCUUCAACAAUGAUGUCCAGCAUGUGCUGCCCAGUGAUACAAAAGGAAAUAAAUAGUCAUUGAUGCCUGUUGGAAGCAGGAAUAGUGAACCCAGUCUCCCCAGGCUGCAGCCUCUGUUUAUAGACGCUUCUGAAUGUAGAAAAUCUGUUGAUUUACGUUCAAAUGUAAAUAACAUUUUUAAAGGUGUAUGGAGUUAGCCAGUCCCCUCCCAUACUUGUCCCUAUAGUUAAUAGACAUAGGAGGACAUUUGCCACAGUGGCGGGCUUCUGACCUCGUGACCAUGAUGCUGUAAGUUAGGCUUCCUGGCAUGGUAGGUCAGCCUCCAGAGCUCUGGGUGGACAUUGCCUUGCAGCCCUGAGGCACCGGCUGCUGACUGUCAAUGCUGACUUCGGGUAGCCCAGGGGGAGGGACACCCUGCUUCCAUCACCAACUUUGGGAGCCGUGCUCAAUGUCAAGGGCUUUCGUGGUGUCUGUUGGGGAGUGAGGUCCUUUCCCGCCUUCACCCAUGAUCCAUCUAGCUUCAGCUUGUAUUCAUCUCCUCUGAGUCCAUCCUGCCAUUCUCCUCAUGAGUUUCUUUGGUCUUUAUUGAGAGAAGAAGGUGGAAAUUUUCAAAUUGAGAGAAGAGUAGGAAUGGAACUGAUAAGAGUGAGAGAAUCAAACUGUCAAAGCACAGACUUUUCAAAGAAGCUGUUUUUAUUUCUCAAUGGCAAAUUGCCCUUUCUGCAAUGUUCUGGAGAUGAUGUAUGGAUCCCCCCAACCAGUCUCUUGUUCGGAUGAUAUUAGGUAGCGUCCUUUUGGUAUGCUGGUUGAUCUUUCAUAGUGUUAGCUUUUUGUUACUUAAAAAAAAAUCAGCUAUAAAUAAAAUGUAUUUUUGUAAUUUCCAUGUGUAUAUAUGGUAUAUUUCUACCAAUGGCCAGUAGUUGUAACCCAAAACCUAAAUCAGUUUGCAAACACUGUGGACAGUGCAAGAUUUUAUUGACAGAUUAACACAAUGCCUAAGUCUAUCCAAAUAGGUAUUCAGUGCACUUGAAUGAACAAAGAGCCAAAGAAACUCAGCCUUUUCAUGCAAACGGUAUGAGUCUGAUAAAGUCAGCUACAUUGUCCCGCCUUAUCAAUGAUAUUACUAUCUCAUCAGUGCAAUGAUAUCAACCCAGUACUUUGUCUACUUGGUAAAUGCUUGGAAAUACUGUAUGUGAAAAUGAGGUUUUAAGACCUUAGUGUAAUUUAAAUAUAUACACAUGCUUCCAAGACAGUGUCUGCACUUUGGAUGUCCCAGUGACUCAGAGGAGGAGCCCACAGUGUGCAGUGGUCUGGCUCCAGUUGGCUAGAGGACGCUGAAAAAUCGUGGUGAGCUGUGCAGGGUCCCGUGAGAUUCCGAGUCAGUCAGUGGAGAUGACUACAAAUAUAGCAUGCGAAGUCAGACACGCUCUUAAACUAGACUCCACAGGUUUAAGAGCAGUAUAUGGGAGGAAAACCUUAAGGUGAGAAGAAAUCAGUGUGGUCCAUGUUGUCCCACCAAUGCAAAGAUGGCCGCCAUUGUUUGAUGUCCUGUGACUACGAUGGGGGUCCCUUUUCUGAAGAGUCUCCUGACUGUCAGGAGAUGACAGAGACCUGGAUGGCUGGCCUUGAGAAAAGGCAAGUGUUCAGAAGUGCCAUGAGAGCCCAGAGACUCUGUGUUCCUCAUGAUCCUCCAGACAGUUGAAGAAACCUUGAAGAACAAGAGGACCUUUGGUGACCUCCAAGAAGGAAGCCAGCGCUCGGAGAAGGGGAGUGACCUGCCCAAGGCCUUCAGCCCUGAGCCCACUUACUCGUGAUCAGGCUUGCUUUCCAUUUCACCAUGCUGCCUGAACACUUGUCUGUGAUGCGUUUCUUGAACUGUGCUAGGAAGUUUAAAAAGUAGACAAGGGUUAUAUGAGGGACUCCCUACAUUCUUGCAAAGGAAAAAGAUGUUGAAUACGGUGUAUAGAGGACAAUGCAUUUGUGGCAUAAUAAACAUUUUUUGGAACUAG